AUGGGCAGAAAUAAGAAGCUUUUGCACCACGGGACACCCUCGACCGGCUCUCCGCGCAGAUACACCGGCACCCUGGAUGAUUAUGUAUCCACGCUGGCGGACCUUAGAGGAGCUAGGCAGGCAGCUAAUAUGGCGCCGACAUCCCCAAGGACUGAAAGCGCGGGAGUUUCGUCGGAGGAGGGAGACCGGAGUGACGCGCUGUGUUUGAUCAGGCAAGAACUUACCUGGAUCUCUACACACAUGCUCAUGAAGGCUGACAGUAAUAGCCUGCUGCAGGAAUUCAGAUCGGCAAUCAGGGAGGAGAUUUCUGCAAUCCGGGCGGACCUCUCUGCUGUGGAGGUAAGAGUUGAUGCCUUGGAGACUGAGGCACAGGCGAUCCGUUCACAACAUAGGUUGCCUGAAAUAGCUGCCACAAGGCAGGGGAACCUCCUUUUAACCCUGAGGUGACAGGUGGAGGAUUUGGAGAACCGCAGUCGUCAUCAGAACAUCCGGAUCAGGGGGCUGCUGGAGCCGGACGCGGUCCCACUGCAGGAUACGGUGCGGGCCCUCUUCAGACACAUCCUGGGCCAAGAGUGCCCGGAAGAUAUUCAAUUUGACCGGAUUCACAGAGCCCUGGGCCCUCCACGCCAGGAUGGGAAACCCAGAGACGUCCUGUGUUGUCUGCAUGCCUAUAGAUUGAAGGAGUCUUUGAUGGUCACCGCUAGGGGCACUGACAGGAUCAUGUUCCAGGGUGCUGAGGUGGCACUGUUCCAGGAUCUGUCCAGCCUGACACUGGAUGCCAGGAGAGCGCUCCGGCCCAUUACCGCUGCCCUUCGGGAGAAGAAUGUCCCCUACCGCUGGGGGUUCCCUUUUAGCCUUCAGAUCAAGCAUGGGAAUUCGUGGCUAUAUAUCCGUUGGCCUGAUGAUGUCGCCCCGACGCUGAGGACCCUCCGCAUUCCCCACAUACGCACCCGCCCCUACGCCUGA